UAAAAUGCAGUCGAUGGACGCUUUCAAGAAAUUUGCGAAUAUAUAUGAUGGUUCAUCUUGGGAGUUUGUCAAACAUUUUCAACAAUAUUAUCUCGCGUUAGGUUACAAAACGACAGCGAUAUUCGUCUUAUAGCGACUAACGAACGUUAUACUCCGAUAAAACAAACCAACAAGAGAGACCCUGAACGAAAACUGUCGAUGAUUUUCCGACUAAAGAAAAUCAAGUUAUGCUAUGGCCACGAUGUGGGUUAGGCUGGCUUUGCAUCUUACUGGUUAUUUCUAGCGCUGUAACAGUUAUAUCUUCAUACUGCGUAGCCCUUUCUCGUGGACACAUUUAUCCAUUUCUGCCGGCGAUUAGCGAAACUGGGGUCUUGUUUCCGGAGAAAUAUGUCUUCCGAGAGUUAACAAAUUUAACUGCGUUUUUGUUUAUCUCGAAUGCGUUCGUUCGUUUUAUGCAGUACAGGCUUGUAGCUGAGCAGUGUAGAGAGGAGCAUGUAAAGCUUCGACGUCUUAACAAGCUGGCUUUUGUGGUUGCCAUCUUGGCAGGUGUCGGAAUGACCUUUGUGGCUAACUUUGAAAUCGAAAAGAACUGGUCCAUUCACGACAUCGGCGCAAUGACAGCUUUUUUCAGUGGGCUUUCAUACUGUUGGUUACAAUGCGCAAUGUCUUAUAAGCUUCGAGAUCACGGUGUCAUCAACAGCUCAGCUGUGUGUCACUCCAGAGUCAUGGUCUCCCUCCUCAUAACCUUCUGUGUGGUGAUAUUUGGUGCGUGCCAGACGAAGGCGAAUUGGGAAUGGGACCAAGUUCGGCCUCGUUAUCAUUUCUUGGCUAAACUCAAGUGGAGUCCUGAAGAUCCGGGAUACUUUUACCACGUGAUAUCAAAUGUUGCGGAAUGGAGCAUGUGUGGAGGAAUGCUUCUGUUUAUGUUGACGUUUGCGCACGAGUUCCAACAAAUAGAAAUAACAUCUGAUAUUUCGUCUACUGAUGAUUGGUAAUGUUUUCUGAGAGAAAAUCAGCCCAUUUUGGGUCUCCUUCAAUAUUUGCAUUUAAAAUUUUAAUAGAGGUACGCGUUCAACUUAGGAGGUUAAAAGAGUAACGUCUUUUAAGUGCCUAUGACACAAUUUUUUUUGGCGUAUUUAGUUUGCUUAUCUUCUGUACAAACCAAUUCCGAUAGAAGAAAAAUUUCAAAAAAAUUCGUAGUCGGUU